UAACAACAGUAGUUGCUAGCGUGAACACGUGUGUCGAAAGCCUCAUACGUGGAUAAUCUUGGAGUGACACCCGCCGUGAACAAUGGACUGUGCGGCAAUAAAACUUUUAAUUGACACUCAGCACGAAGCUUAUAAAAAUGCGCUGGAACUGUUCGUUAAUCAGCUUACAAAUAAAAUUGAUGCCUCCCAGGUGCAAAUACUGGAACUGGCAAAAAGCCUCGAAUAUAUUCAAGCUGAUGUUGCGGAAUUGAAGUCAGAGGUGAAACAACUUGUGAAUAGUCAAGUUGAGGAUAAACCACAUACAAUGAAGUGGCAAGACAGGAUUAGCUCUUCAAAACAUGCUGUAGACAUGGAGGUCACUACACUCAACCAUGUGACCCACCACACACUCAGUGGCAGCCUUUGCAUUGAGGGACUGGGCGAACCGGAACAGGAGACACUGGAUGAGCUGACGAGUAAGGUGUGUAGCCUCUUGCAAGAGAGGCUGAAGAUGUCAGAAGUAGCAUUACAACAAGUGCAUCGAGUAGGCCAGCAAGGCGACCACAGACCUCGCCCGGUCCUUGUCACAUUCUGCAACUACAAGGAUCGAGACGCUGUCCUCAGACGUUCUAGGAUACUGCAGGACCUCAAAAUCUACAUUAAAGAGAAUUUAAAUCUCUUGGACACAUCACGAAGGAUAAAGUCUAAGGGAGUAAAAACGUCACAUGCAGAGUUGAUUGCAAAAUACAAGGAUGGUGCCAGUGGUGCUAAGUACAAGAAUGAUGACAUCGGUGAUAUCUUAGAGCCUGGGAUGCUGCCUGAUUCAUCAUCUCCACCAUCUGGGGCUACCAGGGAUCAUCUUAAAACCUCCACUGCUGAUGCUGAUACGGGUGUUGGACGGCAGGUGUUGUCUCUGCAUGUUGGUCAGGCUGGUGUGCAGCUUGGUCGUGUGUGCUGGGAACUUUUCUGCCUGGAGCACAGCAUUUACCCUGAUGGAGUACCUUACUCUGCUUUUCGUGAGGAGUCUUCCCUGGACGCUUUCUUUUCUGAAACAAAUGACGGCAAGAUGGUCCCCAGAUCCAUUUUUAUUGACCUGGACCCCUCUGUUAUUGAUGAGAUACGACGAGGGACACACCGGGAACUAUUCCAUCCAGCGGAUCUUAUCUCGCACAAGGAGGAUGCUGCCAACAAUUUUGCAAGAGGGCGUUAUAUUGUCGGGCGAGAAGUAGUGCACGAUGUAAUGGAACGCAUCAGGAGACAGGUUGAAGUUUGCUCCGGUCUGCAGGGGGUCAUAUGCACACAUUCCUUUGGUGGCGGCACUGGCUCUGGAUUUAUGGCACUGCUGUUGGAAAAACUGACCCAGGAAUACUCCAGCACCAACUUAAUGAGAUUUUGCGUCUUCCCUUCACCACAGAUGUCAACAGCUGUGGUAGAGCCUUAUAACACUGUUCUUCAUGCUUCAACUACUAUGGAGUAUGAUCACUGUGCUUUUGUGUUUGACAAUGAAGCAACAUAUAACAUAUGUGUGAACAAAUUAGGAAUUGAACGCCCAACUUACAAGAAUUUGAACCAUCAUGUUGCUCAAGUGAUAUCUGCAUCAACCGCUUCCCUCCGCUUUGAUGGCACUCUCAAUGUAGAUGUGCAAGAUUUCAAUACAAACCUUGUGCCUCUACCCCGACUUCACUUUCCAGUGAUGACUUAUGCACCAGUUAUACCAGCAGACAAUGCUUACAGAGAAGAGCAAUCAGUUGCUGACAUGACAACCGCUUGUUUUGACCUCUCUACACAAAUGACAACUUGUAAUCCGGUUAAUGGCAAAUAUAUGUCUUGUUGCUUGUUAUAUCGAGGAGAUGUAACACCUAAUGAUGUACAAAGGGCUAUAUGCGAUGUAAAGCUAAAGAAAACUGUCCAGUUUGUGGAAUGGUGUCCCACAGGCUUUAAAAUAGGAAUCAAUAGUGGAUCCCCGAAGGUCCUGCCAGGUGGUGACCUGGCCGAGAUGAGUAGAGCAGUGUGUAUGUUGGCUAACACCACCGCCAUGAAGGAUUCCUGGGACCGUAUCAACCACAAGUUUGAUCUUAUGUACAGCAGACGUGCAUUUGUUCACUGGUAUGUUGGUGCAGGUCUAGAGGAGUCUGAGCUUUCUAUUGCUCAAGAGAAUUUGGCUCAACUUGUGAAAGAUUAUCAAGAGGUUGAUGCUGAUUCUGAAGAAGUUAAUGUUCAGGAAUUCUAGAGCUGGAUAAUGGUAAAAACUAUGAAACUUCGAGCUGUGUUUAAUGCAUGGAAAGAGCAAAAUUUAGAUUCAGUUAAUGUUUUUUGUUCAAAACCACUUGUACAUUUCGUUCAUACCUAGUUGUCAAAGUUUAGUCUGGAAAGUAUUAAUGUGUUUGAAAGCCACACACUAAAACAAAAUCUAUCUAAAAAAUCUCGUUAAUUACAAGACACUGUUACCACUAUUUAUAUUUUCUUCAUUCUUACGUUAUAGUUUUCAGAGCAUGUGCUUUUAUUAAUUUCGAAGUUGAUAUAAAAUUUAAAAUAAGUAGGCAAUGUCUAUGACAUUUUCUUCCCUUGUGUUAGAACCGGCUAAGUUUAUAGCGUGCUUUUCUGUACUUUAAUAUCAGUGAACAGUUUAAGUAAUAUUCUCACUCAUUAUUUUGACCAGUAAUUCACAAAACAUCAGUUGUGUGUAUAAUAAAAUGUGCUAUGAAGAAGUAUACCACAUAUCAGACACGGCGCCCCUCAGCAGUGACUCACUGAAAGAACUAGUUAGGGCUUAUUUGAAUUUUAUCAGUAAACCUGUUUAAUAACCAUAUAUCCCUUUCCACCCAUGUUUGCUUGUUGUUGCUAUGAUAAAAGAAAGCCCUGAAUUUGUUAUACAGUGGACCCCCGGUAUUCGAUAUUAAUCCGUUCCCAAGAGCUUAUCGAAUACCGAAAAUAUCGAAAACCGAAUCAAUUUUCCUCAUAAGAAAUAAUGGAAAUCAAAUUAAUCCGUGCAAGACACCCAAAAGUAUGAAAAAAAAAAAUUUUACUACAUGGAAUAUUAAGUUUAAUGCAAUAGAAUAAUUACAAUAACAAUAAAAUAAUUGAUACUUACCUUUAAUGAAGAUCUGGUGAUGAUUGAUGGGAUGGGAUAGGGGAGACGUGUUAGUGUUAAGAAGGGGAAUCCCCUUCCAUUAGGACUUCAGGUAGCAAGUCCUUUUCUGGGGUUACUUCCCUUCUUCUUUUAAUGCCACUAGGACCAGCUUGAGAGUCACUGGAUUUCUGUUGCACAACAUAUCUGUCCAUAGUGGCCUGUACCUCCUGUUCCUUUAUGACAUUCCUAAAGUGUUUCACAACAUUGUCAGUGUAAUAGUCACCAGCACGGCUUGCAAUAGCUGUGUUAGGGUGAUUGUCAUCAAAAAAAGGUUUGCACUUUAAGCCACAUUGCACACAUUUCCUUAAUCUUUGAAGUAGGCAACUUCUUCAAUUUCUCUCUCCCCUCCUCUGAACCAGUUUCCUCAGGUCUGCCCUCUUGCUGUUCAAGAUGAUCUAGCAGCUCAUCAGUGGUUAGUUCUUCAUUGUCCUCCUCCACCAACUCUUCCACAUCCUCCCCACUAACCUCCAACCCCAAGGACUUCCCCAAUGCCACAAUGGAUUCCUCAACUGGCAUAGGAUUCUCAGGAUUAGCCUCAAAUCCUUCAAAAUCCCUUUUGUCUACACAUUGUGGCCACAGUUUUUUCCAAGUAGAGUUCAAGGUCCUCUUAGUCACUCCCUCCCAAGCCGUACCUAUAAGGUUUAUACAAUUGAGGAUAUUAAAGUGAUCCUUCCAAAACUCUUUUAGUCAGUUGAGUUUCUGUGGUCACUAUAAAGCACUUCUGAAACAUAGCUUUUGUGUACAGUUUCUUGAAGUUGGAAAUGACCUGCUGGUCCAUGGGCUGCAGGAGAGGAGUGGUAUUAGGAGGCAAAAACUUGACCUUAAUGAAGCUCAUGUCCCCAGAAAGUUGCUCUGCCAAGUCUGCAGGAUGACCAGGGGCAUUGUCUAAUACCAGGAGGUACUUAAGGUCUAAUUUCUUUUCAAUUAGGUAAUUUUUCACAGUGGGGGCAAAUGCAUGGUGUAACCAGUCAUAGAAAAAGUCCCUAGUGACCCAUGCCUUACUGUUUGCCCUCCACAGCACACACAAAUUAGCCUUGAGGACAUUGUUUUUCCUGAACACUCUGGGAGUUUCAGAGUGAUACACCAAUAAAGGCUUCACUUUGCAAUCACCACUAGCAUUGGCACACAUGAGAAGAGUAAGCCUGUCUUUCAUAGGCUUAUGUCCUGGGAGUGCCUUUUCCUCCUGAGUAAUGUAGGUCCUGCUUGGCAUUUUCUUCCAAAACAGUCCUGUUUCGUCGCAAUUAAACAUUUGUUCAGGUUUCAAUCCUUCAGCCUCUAUGUACUCCUUGAAUUCAUGCACAUAUUUUUCAGCUGCUUUGUGGUCUGAACUGCAGCCUCACCAUGCCUAAUCACACUAUGUAUGCCACUAUGAUUCUUAAAUCUUUCAAACCAACCUUUGCUGGCCUUAAAUUCACUCACAUCAGCACUAGUUGCAGGCAAUUUCUUUACCAAAUCUUCAUGCAACUUCCUAGCCUUUUCACAAAUGAUCGCUUGAGAGAUGCUAUCUCCUGCUAUGUUUUUCAUUUAUCCACACCAAUAACUGUCUCUCAACAUUUUCUAACACUUGAGGUCGCUGUUUCGUAAUCAUGGUUGCACCUUUUGCAAGAACAGCUUCCUUGAUUGCCGUUUUUCUGGUCACUAUAGUAGAGAUGGUUGAUUGGGGUUUAUUAUACAACCUGACCAGCUCCGACACACACACUCCACUUUCGUACUUUGCAAUUAUCUCUUUCUUCAUUUCAUAAGUCAUUAGUGCCUUUUUUCUCGAAGGGUUGGCACUAGAAGCUUUCUUGGGGCCCAUGGUGGCUUAUUUUGCAGAAACAAGCAGCAAACACAGUGAUAAUAUGGAAUGUACCGAAUGUAUCCUUAGAUGCGUGCACACUGGCUGGCUUGUCAACACUGGCACACACGGGGCAGUUCAGGCCACACGUGGACAGGUCUCGUACGAAUCGUAUCAAAUACCGGUUUUUCAAUCGAAUACCGAGGCAAAUUUUUUGCGAUAUAAUGCAUCGAAUACCGGAUUUAUCGAAUACCGAUGCCAUCGAAUACCAGGGGUCCACUGUACAUUUAAAGUUUUACAAGAAUAAAAGUCACAAUCCCAUGGUUGUUACAAGUCACAAAUAAGCCACCAAUUGAAAGCAACACAAUAAGUGUCUGAGGCCCAAGACUGCUCAGUUGCCUCCCAGCAUACAUAAGGGGGAUUACCAAUAGACCCCUGGCUGUCUUCAAGAAGGCACUGGACAGGCACCUAAAGUCAGUACCUGACCAACUGGGCUGUGGGUCGUAUGUCAGCUUGCAUGCGGCCAGCAGUAACAGCCUGGUUGAUCAGACCCUGAUCUAUCAUGAGGCCUGGUCUCAGACCAGGCUGCGGGGGCGUUGACCCCCGAAACCCUCUCCAGGUAAACUCCAGAUAAACACUAAUUACUGAGGAUGCGCUGCAACACUGUCGAGUUUCAUCCACAAUAUCUAGGUUAUAUAUAGUGUGUUUUAUACUUGGCUGUUAUGCUAUAUACCUGACUGUUGUUCAAGGUCAGAAGAGCAGUGCAUCCAUUCUUAUUUAAAAGUUGGCUUUCACAUACAGUUGACAGUAAGAAGGCAGUAAAUGCCGACAACCUAAGGAGGGAAAAAGUACGUAAAUACAUCCACUUAGGGCACCUUUAAUGAAAAACGUUUCUGUCCUGGAACCUUAUUUGAAGUGAUCAAGGUCCCAGGAAUGAAACAUCUUCAUCAAAAGUGUCCUAAGCGAAUACAUUUGUGUCCUUCUCCGCACUGCCUGUGUUGAAAAUUAUCCAUUUUUUCUAAAUAUUUGUCACCAAACAUUGCCAGAGGUUUUCUGGUGAAAUGUAAUAAUGUACAAUAAUAUACAGACAAUAAA